AGUUCUGCCGCAGGAAUCGACGGGGGCGAAAACUAAGCGGCUUUAGGAUGACUACACUACCCAGGGGGCAACGCGAACCGAAGAUAGUCGUGUCGGUGACUGGACGGACGUUGAAGUGGAAGCGGUGGAGCUGACCUGCAGAGACCGCGGACGGGAAGACUGACUGAGACAGACUGUUCACACUCACGCGCCCAUGGACCAGAGCAACAACACAGAGGAGGAGCCGGCCAGUCCCGAUCCGGAUGAUGAAAUGCACGCGCUGCCCAGCCUGCCCCCUGGUCUCUCGGACACGGAGGCAGUGGAGCUGCUGUGGCAGGUGCGUGCCCAGCGGCGCCAGGCCAGCCCGGUCCUGCCAGAAACGGUGACCCAGCUGCAGGCCCCGGACGGCAGUGUCGUCUACCUGGUGGGCACGGCGCACUUCAGCGACAGCAGCAAGAGGGACGUGGCCAUGCCAGGGGGAGAGUUCAGGGAAGCCUUCCGGGAGGCGAGCCGCGUCCCCUUCUGCAAGUUCCACCUGGGAGAUCGGCCCAUCCCAGUCACCUUCAAGCGGGCCAUUGCAGCCCUCAGCCUGUGGCAGAAGCUCAAGCUGGCCUGGGGGCUGUGCUUCCUGUCCGACCCCAUCAGUAAGGAGGAUGUGGAAAAGUGCAAGCAGAAGGACCUUCUCGAGCAGACGAUGGCGGAGAUGAUCGGCGAGUUCCCCGACCUGCACCGCACAAUCGUAGCCGAAAGGGACGUCUACCUCACCUACACCCUGAGGCAGGCGGCCCGCAGUGUUGAAGCGCCCCCUAACGCCCAGAGGGUCCCGGCAGUGGUGGUGGGGGUGGUCGGAAUCGGUCAUGUCCCAGGGAUUGAGAAGAACUGGGAGAAACCGCUCAACAUCCAGGAGAUCAUGAGCGUGGCCCCACCCUCCCGGCUCAGCAGGGCUUUGCGGACAGUGUUGAAGGGGGCAGUACUGGGAGCACUGGGGUAUGCCUUUUACCGGGCUGGAGGAGGGGUAGGACGUAUGUUGCUCUCCCUUCCAGCUGUCCAGUCAUUGCUCAGGCCGCUACGCCCUCCCCCUUUCUGACCUCCGGACACACGGAUGAAGGAUCCCCUCCUACCGACCACUCCAGCACGGGGGGGUAGUGCUGACCACCGAUCGCCUUAAAUACGUCGCCACUGCGGGGCGCUGUGUCUGGAGGGGAACAGGGAGGGGUCGCAGGGACUCCCCUCUCCUUCAGCUCUCUCGGUCCCCUGUCCUCUCCCUUUCUUCACACUGAGAACGAGUGCAAGGGCUUUACGACUUGUAAAAGAGAAACCGUGUUGCCAAAGAAGACUCGCCAAAAAAACGAAACCUGAAGGUGUGAUUAGCGUAGCCCCACUGGGGUGGCAUCCUGGCUGUGUGUCUGGUGUGGCAGUCUUGUUCUCCCAUCUGUUCCUCUAGCAAGGCAAAAACCGCUUGACCUGAAACAAGCAGCUCGGUCAUCCCAGAGCCACGUCCCGACAGCUCCCUUUUGCAGCAGAAACAUUGCCAAGCAGGACAGCAGCAACAUCGGCAGCGGUGCCUGCGAUCGUUGCGACAGCUACAACAGGGGCAGUUAAGGAAAUCAACCGAUUCCACACCAGCAGGUACAAGCCUUGUCGCACCACCCCCUAGCUCUGCCUGUCUCUGAUGCAACCUGACCACCAAGACUAGAGAAGUGCCUCCUGUUGACAGUCCGGGACCUGCCAGCACUUUUUCCUGCACACCCCGGUCUCUGCCUGAGAGACAGAGGGGGAGGGGGGGGGCUGGAUGGGGCAGGGUGGGGGUCUUUGUAAAUGUUGCUGCUCGCUUACAGUGGGCGAUGAUAGUCAGGUGACAGUCCUGGCUGCUGAAUUCAGGUGAGUGGAGCUGAAUGGCCAGAUCUUGGAAGCUGAGAUGCACAGAUCUUGGAAGGCCGGUGAGGAUGAGGACAGGAGGUUUAGGGGACCAGUGUGACUGGACCUGCGGCCGGUUACUGCAUUGCAGGUUAAGAAGCUGAAAUGCAGAGGGCAGGAGCUGAAAGAGUGAGGAGUACUUUAGUGUGGAGUGGAGGCUGAGCAAAAGAUGUGAGGGUUGAUUAUUAAGUUACUGGGGGGUUGGGGGGGCGAGGGACUUACUGUUGGUGGGGGUGGGUAUGGAGUUUUUGUGGAGGGCGGGGUUCGACAUUGGGGUUUGAAGCCUUAUUCUGCUUUCACUGCUGCCUUUCACCUGGAGAUGGGCUGUAAAGACCCAGCCUUUGGUCUGUCUGUGUGUCUGCGUGUGUGUCUGCCUGUCAGGAUCAGCAUUGUCUGUGCGAAAGAUCACAGAGCCUGGGCCGAGUGAGAGAGAAACCAGGGAGAGAAAGUCGAGAUAGUCAGGCCUACAACCACAGUAUUUCUGGCAUAGUAUUAUUUUCUCUCUUUCCUCAAUGCUGGUUCCAGAAUCUGUUAACAUUAACAAAAGCUUGUACUGUAACUGGCAAUCAGUCUGAAGGGUUCACUCAGGAGCCUGGGACUACAGUGCCCUCUGUGUCAGAAUCAGGUACUGCAGGCUCUGCACAGUCAGGAGCCUGGGGGUGUGCAGUGCCCUCUAUCUGUCAGGAUCAGGUAGUGCAAGCUCUGCAGUAGUAAAAAGAAGCCUCAGCACUCUUCCCCUCUUCUCUCUCAGCUGGGCUGUGUGCGCGAGAGAGUGUACGCCUGUGUGUGACUCCUUGGAAGUCGAAAUAUGAAGAAACGUCUCGGCGGUCUAUUAUAUGUAUAUGCAAUAUUUAAAAAUGGAGACAGACCAGAAAAACACAACUUUGAAAUACAUUUGAAAAUAUGGUGGCAUGCAACUAUAAGCUUGGUCUGUUCCAAGAUGCAAAGUGACAAAUAGGUGGUUGUGUGGACGAUUUCUUAACAGUUUGUGCCUAAUAACUUUUUAAAGAAGUAUCUCGUUGCAUUUUUAAGUGUAUUUUACUAUGUUUUCUGGCCGUUUAUUUCAUAGGAUAUAUCUAAUUAAGUAUUGUUUCUUUAUAUUUGCCUUCCAUGUGGACUGUCCUGUCCUUACCCAGCAUUGUCAGUGUACCAAGCCAAAUACUGUAGCCUAGCCCAAGGCUCUGUACUGAAUUCUAAAACCUCUAUAAAAGAUUCUUUAUAUUUAAA